AUGUCUAGUGACGCUAUGGAUAUUGAUUCGGUCCCAGAGGCCGCGGUCGAUAACAAUUCUAAUGAGGAUGCCGUUGUGGAUAAACUUCUUGAAAUCCUCAAGCAGGUUUCUAAGAGUACAUUAUCAAUGGAUUCACGUUACGUAUGGAAAUCAUUGAGAGAUUUUGCAGCAUUAAGACAUGACGUUACCGUGGAAAAUACUUCAAUCUUGGUGAACUUGGUGUAUCCGGACGAUUCUUCUUAUAAGAAGUAUCUAUUAAAAACUAUCCACCCUACUUCUAGACCUAAAGUAGAAAAUGCUGUAAAGUUUAGAGAAGAGUAUCCAGCUAGUUUGUAUCAAUUGCAGCAAGAUGGUACGAGUUUGGAUGUAUCAUCUGAAGUGAAUUCAUUUGUCCAUUACAUUGUCCAAUCGCUCUUAUUGGACUCAAAUAGGAUUGAUGAAUUGCAACAGUUCAACAAGACACAUGUGAUUCCUCAAGUGUUAAAGCAAUAUAAUAACAGAAACUUGGAUUUGAUAAAUGCCAAGAUAUGGUUCUACAUCAACAGAGCUAACGAACUAACGUCUACUCCAAACGACUCGUCAUUAUUGGCAGAAAUGAUGCAAUACUUAAAGUCAGCAACCUUAAAGCACGAUAAUGAAACUAAGGCUACUUUAAUAACUAGUAUCUUGAGACAGUAUUUGAGAUUAGGUGAAAUUGAACUAGCAGCGGACUUUGUUUCCAAGGUUGAGUUCCCAUCUGGUGAUAACGUUUCCAGUCCUUUGGAAGCACGUUAUUACUUCUAUCUAUCCAAGAUCCAUGCCAUCCAAUUAGAUUACUCGCAGAGUCAUGAGUACGUUAUUUCUGCAUUAAGGAAAGCUCCACACACAAAGAACAGUUUAGGUUUCUUACAACAAGCGAACAAACUCCAAUGUUGUAUACAACUUUUGAUGGGUGACAUUCCAGAACUUACAUUUUUCCACCAAAAGGGUCUUGAAAAAUCACUUCUACCUUAUUAUCAUAUUACAAAGGCUGUCAAAUUAGGGGAUUUGAACCUUUUCACACAAUCUUUAUCCAAAUAUAAAAAAGAGUUGGUUCAAGAUUCUAACUAUCAACUAUGUGUCAGAUUGAGAUCUAAUGUCAUUAAGACCGGUAUUAGAAUGAUUUCAUUAACGUAUAAGAAAAUUUCUUUGAAGGACAUAUGCCUAAAAUUACAUCUAGAUUCUGAACAGACUGUGGAAUACAUGAUUUCUCGUGCCAUUAGAGAUGGUGUCAUUGAAGCUAAGAUAAACCACGAAGAAGGUUAUAUCGAAACAAGUGAACUAUUGAAUGUUUACAGCACAAAGCAACCACAACAAGUGUUUGAUGAAAGAAUUAGAUUUGUCAACCACCUACAUUCGGACUAUGUUACAGGAAUGAGGUUCCCAGAUUCAAGAGAAGAAGACAAUUCAAAGAAAUUGUCUGAUGAGUCCUUGGAAACAACUAUGGACCUGAACUCUAUGAAUCUAUCGGACUUCGAUUCAGAUCUUGAUGAUGUAAUCUAG